AUGGGUGCUUUUUACUACCUGAUGCAUCCAAACCAGCUGCGUUCCAUUAUCCAAUGGAAGCUCUGGCAUGAGCCCGUUCACAGGCGUGACACCAGCCAGGAGUCUGCAAAUCUCAAGGAGUGCUUUCGCUACCUCAACAUGACCAGUCGCAGUUUUGCCAUGGUUAUCCAGGAGCUGAACCCCGAACUUCUCGUAUCUGUAGCUCUUUUCUAUCUUGUCCUCCGAGGCUUGGACACUAUCGAAGAUGACAUGACGAUUCCUCUCGACAAGAAAACCCCUCUGUUACGCAACUUCCACGAUACUAUGGAAAUUGAUGGCUGGCAAUUUCACGGUAGUAAAGAAAAGGAUGCCGAAUUGCUCGAGCACUUUGACGUGGUCAUUGCCGAGUUGAAGAACCUCAAGCCCCAGUACUACGAAAUUAUCAAGGACCUCACCAAGAAGAUGGGCAACGGCAUGGCUGACUACGCCGCCGACACCGACAAGAUUGAGAACGGCCUACAGACUAUCGAGGACUAUGAGCUCUACUGCCACUACGUUGCUGGCCUCGUUGGUGAGGGUCUCACUCGCCUUUUUGUUACCUCUGAGCUGGCCAACCCUAAGCUCGCCGAGAGGCCAUCCCUCACAGAGUCUAUGGGACAAUUCCUACAAAAGACAAAUAUCAUUCGUGACAUUCACGAGGAUUGGGUCGACGGUCGUCGUUGGUAUCCCAAAGAGAUCUGGAGCAAGCAUGUCGACAAAUGGGAGGACCUCUUUGAGCUUUCUAAGCGUGAACAGGCCCUCAACUGCAUUUCCGAAAUGGUGCUUGAUGCCCUCAAACACGUUGAAGAGUGCCUUUUCUAUAUGGCCGGCAUGCGCGAUCAGAGCUGUUUCAACUUUGUUGCUAUCCCACAGACGAUGGCAAUUGCCACACUCGAGCUAAUAUUUCGCAAUCCCGCCAUCCUCGAGCGGAAUGUAAAGAUCACCAAGGGCGAUACCUGCCAAAUCAUGUUCGAGUCCACACAAAACCUCUUUACUGUCUGCGAAAUUUUCCGGAGAUACGUUCGCCGCAUUCAUAGGAAGAACGAUCCGCGUGAUCCUAACUUUUUGGCCAUUAGUGCGCGAUGUGCCAAGAUUGAGCAAUUCAUCGAGACUUUGUAUCCCAAGCAGGAUGCGGCCAAAUUGAAUGCUGCCAACGAGAAGAGACAAUUGGGCGAGCCUACUGCUGACCCCGGUGAGGGCUUCGUUAUGUGGAUGGUUGUCAUUCUCUCCCUUGUCUUCAUGGCUCUUCUUAUGGUUGGUAUUGCCUGGUUCUUUGGUGCCGACUUUUCCUCGACGUUUGACGAUGUGAAGAAGCUGUGGACCAGCCUCGACGCUCCCAAACCCCCCCAACCUCUCGCCGGUGCUGGUCGCGACGAGUUGUAG